GUGGGCACCCGCACGGCAGGCGUCCUACAAAUGCCUCGCGCCGUCCACCCACCCCCUAUACCCGGCGGCCUGGCCCUCGACGUCUCUGCUUUGUUGUGCCAGGCAAGACCCUCUCUCCUCUUCAAGGAGCCAGCAUGAGAGCUCAGGUCGCCUACCACCUGGCGGUGGCCGCCGGCGCUGCCCUUGCCCAGCAGACGGGCGUCGAUACCCUCAGCCCUGUCAGCAAUGUCAAGGGCAAGGCCUUUGACCGUCUGGCUGUGAUCUGGCUCGAGAACACCGACUAUGACAUGGCUGUUGGCGAUCCCAACCUGGCUUGGCUCGCCAGCAAGGGCAUCACACUCAGCAACUACUUUGGCGUCACCCACCCGUCCGAGCCAAACUAUAUAGCCUCUCAUGGCGGUGACUACUUUGGCAUGAACAAUGACGCCAAAAGCACCGUUGAUGCCAACGUCUCCACCAUUGUCGACCUGUUGGAGGAAAAAGGCAUUGCAUGGGGCGAAUACCAAGAAGAUAUGCCAUACACUGGCUUCCAAGGAAAGGAAUUUGUCAACCAGGUCACCGGAGCCAAUGCUUAUGUGCGGAAACACAACCCGGCCGUCAUCUACGGCGCUAACUCGGCUCGCGCCGACCGGUUGGGCGUCAUGAAGAACCUGACGUUGUUUUACGACGACUUGGCCAAGGGGACCCUCCCGCAGUGGAUGUUCAUCACCCCUAACAUGACGUCGGAUGGACACGACACGUCUGUCACCGUCGCUGGCAAAUGGACUCGCGCCUUUCUCGAGCCGCUCUUGAAUGACACCGGCUUCAUGAACAACACGAUGGUGCUCGUCACCUUCGACGAGAACUCGUCUUACGCACUCACCAACCGCGUGCUGGCCAUCCUGCUCGGGGACGCCAUCCCCGCGGGGCUGGUGGGCUCCACAGACAGCAGCUUCUACAACCACUACUCGGAGAUCGCCACGGUUUCGGCCAACUGGGACCUUCACACGCUGGGGCGAUGGGACACGGGGGCCAACGUGUUCUCUUGGGUGGCCGAGAAGACGGGAGACGCCGUGAGGCAGUGGAGCGACGCGUCCGCACCGCCUCUUGACACGAUGUUCUUCAACCAGAGUUACGACGGAGUCUUCAACGACAACAAGGGUGCGUUCGCGGUCUAUCCGUCGCCCAACGUGGACGUUGAGAGUCCCAGCGGCAGGACGGUCCUGCCGGCUGUCAAGGAGGCAUGGGCUGGCAGCUCCAACCCGGGGUACUACUCGAGCGCCCUCGAGGUGCCGGAUGGGCUGCACCCUCCUGCUGGAUAUGAGGUGUAGGAGGUGGUCGGCGUGGAUCUAGAAGAGCAGUAGCGGAAUGUGACUGCAUCAUACACCAACUGCUGGACUACGUACUCGUCGACGCCGUGCCACGCUGCUUGCUCACCGCCAGGACUCACGACCGCCAGGUGGGUCAAGGCAGACUGGGUCCGUAAGGGGCGACGUCGUGGUCAGAGGGCAUGACAGCGAUAAUUAAGCUAAAAUACAAGAGGCGGCCCGUGUGCCCAAGGUUCCGGGCGGGCGGUACUAUCUCGAUCUCAUCUUGGGUUAGCUUUCGGGUACCGGUGUGACACGGAUGGGACGCGAAGUGCCACUGCAGGGGGUGGGGAUGCUCUGGUCGGUAUGGUUUGGUCCGCCUGGGCUGCUGGGCCAGGCACAAAAACAGCACACAAGAUAGCUGCGAGCUGCGAUGGUGGUCGACUGGUGGGACUGCGGCCGGCAGCCCCUGAAACGUGGUUGAUGGCGAUGAUAGUGCACGUGAAUUGAAUUGAAUGAAAUGAGUCGAAAAUGAAUACGAGAGUUGGGUGUGUC